GAUGAAGUUGUCUCGAGUUAGGAUCUCGGAUCAAUUGCAAUUCCAAUGACUCUACAGAACGGAAUGACAUUCGUGUAUAAUUUAUAAGACAAAACUGUAAAUUAUAUGGUACUAGACAUUUCAAAAUUCAAGUUUCUCGUGUCAGUUACAUUGUUCAGCAACAUUCACGUAUUCGCACAUUUUAUUUCUUUAAAAAUUACGUAAUUAAUUGCGUGCAGAAGGUAAUACCUUUCCAACUAAACUUCAUAGAGGAAGUUGACGACCAUUUCAAAAUUAAUUUGUACAGCAACAUUGAAAAUAUGUUAAUUCGCGAGACAACUAUUGCCAUUAUGUACCAAGUGAAAUUUUAAACGGUUAAUUAUGUACCGUUAAAUGUACGUUGCACGAGGCCAACCAUUUUUUGUAAAAACUAUGCAAUAUUCACUACCGUUUUAGUAUACCAGCGAAACUACUGCAACGAUGUACGCGAUAUUUAUUAAAAAGAAAAAAAAUACUAGAAACAAACCUUUCUCCGUUUAACCUCCAUGUUGUUAAGAACUUGUCGAUAUGAAAAUUAUAACAAAAAUAUGGCAAGACAUAACACGAAGCGGCUAUUACUAAAAUGACGCUUCGUCGCUGUCUGUGUAUCAGCAGUGUGGCUCGCGGCGACGAAACUUGACAUCGGGAUGAUUAUUAGAAUAUCUAACAACAAAAUGGCCGCGAUAAUGACUCAAGGUUUUAAGAACGGCUCGCUUCAAAGAAUAGUUGGAAUAUCACGAAGGUGAACAAAGACUUCGUUGUUAUCUGUGGUCGUUUCUAGUAACAGAUAGAAUUAUCUAUUUAAUCGAUUCAAUCGUGAGAACUCAUCACAAUGGGCUUCAUUCUAACUGUAUCAGACUAUGUAUUAAACACAGUUGAUUAACCGAAUGUUUCGAAUCUCUGUUUUUAAUCCUUUACGUGUUGCAUUUUAAUUAACGCCUCUGAACGUAUUAAGUACAGCACUUUUAAAAACGAUAUUUUCGUAAUGCAUUCCAUGGCGUAUUCCAUGAUUUCAACAAACAGAAUUUUAAUAAUAAAAGAAACUUUGCUCGAUAUUGUAAACCUACUCUUUCUUCUUUUUUAACCAACGUAUGUGUGUGUUUGCGAGUAUGUUGUAUGAAUUAUGCAUGAAUAAUGUUUAUUAAACAACGUAGCUAUAUUUAAAUUCUAUUCUCUUUAUCAACGAUUUUGUUAGUUCUUUUAAUUACGCAAUGUACGCUGAGAUAAGAUAUUUUAGGAUACUACUACAUCAUACUGAGCAUUAUACAUUUAUCUACUUCUCCUUGAAAUAUGUUUCUGAAUCUUGUUGUAAAGUCAAGUAUCAAAAGGGAAAGUGCAGUAAAAUUAGGAGACUUAUACAAAAAAAUAUUAUUUCAUUUCCAUCGAGAAGAGUGAUUAUUUACCAAGGAAGUAAUAUAAUAAUCUGUUUGCAACGAAUAUCCGUUGGAGCAAAGCUAUUAAAAUGGCCUACAGCCAACAUAAAUCAAAUUUUCUACAAGAAGCUACAAUUCAGAUUGGCGCAGGAGCCUCUGCAGGCUUUGUCGAGGCCUGCAUAAUGCAUCCAAUGGAUCUCAUAAAAACACGUUUUCAACUACAAGUCAAAAUUGUGCAAAAUGAUGCUCUUUAUUAUACAGGAAUUCGUGACUGCAUACGAAAAAUGUAUAUAAAUGAAGGGUUUGCAGCAUUCUGGAAAGGUAUAUUACCUCCUAUUCUCAUGGAAACACCAAAGAGGGCCUUAAAAUUUUUCUCCUUCGAGCAGUACAAAAAAUUAUUUAACGAUAGUUCAUCGAAAACAAUGGUAUUUUAUUAUGCUGGCUUCUUAACAGGCGUGACAGAGGGUAUUUUAGUAAAUCCAUUCGAAACAGUUAAAGUACAAAUGCAGUCUGAUCGUAAACAUGUAAAACUCAGUCCAUCCACUUUUGCUGUGACCCGACGCAUUCUGGCCCAGCAAGGAUUUGGAUUGAAUGGCCUCAACAGAGGUUUAACCGCCACAAUAAUGCGAAAUGGCGUUUUUAAUACAUUUUACUUUGGCAUUUAUAACACUCUUCUUCCAUGGACGAAGAUACAGCAGGAUUAUAUUCCAGAACUGGCAUUCAAGUUUUUCAUAGGUUUUAUGUCAGGAACACUGGCAUCCUGUAUGAAUAUACCAUUCGAUGUUGCUAAAAGUCGUAUACAAGGACCUCAAGGUGAAGUUCAAUACAGAGGAACCCUACACACAAUUGUUAUAGUUUAUCAAAGAGAAGGAUUUAAAGCCUUAUAUAAAGGAUUGGUACCAAAGAUUUUGCGAUUAGGGCCAGGUGGUGCUAUUAUGCUUAUAGUUUAUGAACAUAUGAAAUCAUACCUUACUAUGACAUUUUCUUAGUAACGGCAAUUCUAGGCUAACAUAGAUUCAUUAUAUGCAUUUAUUAUCAUUAGCAACAUAUUGUUAUGAUUUUCAAAAAAGAUGUAAUAAUACCUUUACUUAAUCAUCUAAUAUAGUAUCCAACCAUUUCUCCAGAUCUAUAGAUUUUACAGAUGUACCAGAUUUAGUUACUUUCUUUGUAUCUGUAAAAGAUACUCACUGAAUUAAUGAGCAUACAAAAAUCAUCAUCUGGAUAUUAUUCUAUUAAAUUUUUUUUUAUGUCUGUACCAGCAUUAGAAGAUGUAGGUAAAGAUUUCACUGUUAUUAAAUAUUCAUCCACAGGUUCUUUAAGCAAUAAUAAAAAGUCUAAAUCUUCAGCUGUAUCAUCCACAGAAUCCUGACUUCUUUCUACACUUUUUGUAUUAUUUAAAACAUCCAUUCCUAAAUUAUUUAGAAUCUCAUUAUAUUUUUGUUCACCCUGUUCGGCUAUAUU